AUGCGCAUCGACGCCCUGCGACUCCGCGCGCGGUUUCGCAAGAAGCGACUCUACACUCACGGCGGAUUUCGCGGCAGUCGAGUUUCUGGAAACGAAAGACCUGCGUCGUUUCUGAGAUUCCUGUUUCCUCUCUCUGUCCAGUCGCUGAUCGCCCACCUACAGCGUCGUCUGUCGGCUGCGACGCUCUCCGACCAGGGUCCGCUGCCGUCUCAGUCCGCUACCGUCUCAGUCCGCUGCGGCGGGAGCUCGCGUCGACCUUGUUUUCUCUUCUCGCCAGAAUGCGGCUGUGCCGCUCUUGAGUGUACGCACAGACCAGCUUUGCCGCCUCUUCCUGUCUCUGAUCAUUCGCGGCUUCCUCCACUUUGUGUCUCGAGGAUUUUACUCACUUUCUUGUGUCUGGAGGAAGCAAACGGCCUCUGCCCACAAUCGACGUGGACCUGCGUCGUCUACGCUUUUUCUCGUGGGGUGCCUCUGAGCUCGUCAAGAGGUUUCUCUCUUUGAGAACGUCUCACUCGUCUCUGUCCCUGCCUCCUUUUCACUGGGCCGAUCUUGUCCUCAUCUGUCUCUCUGUCUCCUCGCUCUAUCACGCUGUCUCUCGGUUUCUGCAGCUGAGUCCUUCGAUCUUUCUGUUCCGUUGUCUCAUGCUUUGCCUUCGUUACGCGCCCUCUCCCUGCGCCUUCUUCUCUGUUGUCCUCUCUCUCUGUACUUCUUCCUUCCUCUCGCUGUUCCUCUCUGUCUCUGUCGUAUUCUCUUUUUCUGUUUGCGCCUCUGUGUCUGCCGCACUCUGCUUAGAGCAGUGGACUGUUUCUGCUUUUCUUCUUCCUCUUCUCCCGAGGCGUCUUUUUUCUCUCUCCCUGCCCUGAGGCUUGGCCUCCGUCUGAAGGGGCACCCGCGUUCCUCGACCAACUCCUCACCACCGCCUUCUCCGCCUUCCUCCUUCGCUGCUUCGCUCGC